AAACAGAAAAUGAAGAUGUUUAUUAUAAUGUUGAUGAGCUUUUCGGUUUUCGCCUACAUUGGGACCGGUCAGCCACUUGUACCGGCUCUAAUCAUAAUGGGAGAUUCAGUUGUCGAUGCCGGUAACAACAACCGCCUCAAUACCCUCGUCAAAGCCAAUUUUCCUCCCUAUGGACGUGACUUCUUAGCCCACAAUGCUACUGGCCGUUUCUCUAACGGAAAACUUGCCACUGACUUUACAGCUGAGAGUUUAGGGUUCACUUCUUACCCUGUGGCGUACCUUAGCCAAGAAGCUAAUGGGACAAAUCUGUUAACCGGAGCCAAUUUCGCCUCUGGUGCUUCCGGUUUUGACGACGGAACUGCCCUAUUUUACAAUGCAAUAACAUUGAACCAACAGCUGAAAAACUACAAAGAGUACCAAAACAAGGUGACGAACAUUGUGGGAAGAGAAAGAGCAAAUGAGAUAUUCUCAGGCGCGAUUCAUCUUCUAAGCACGGGAUCAAGCGAUUUUCUUCAAAGCUAUUACAUCAAUCCGAUCCUUAACCUGAUUUUCACGCCUGAUCAAUACUCAGAUCGUCUCUUGAGAUCCUAUUCCACCUUUGUGCAAAAUUUGUAUGGUUUAGGAGCUAGAAAGAUUGGAGUGACGACGUUACCGCCGUUGGGUUGUUUACCUGCUGCAAUAACGACGUUUGGUGAAGCUGGGAACAAUACGUGCGUCGAAAGACUAAACCGGGAUGCGGUUUCCUUCAAUACCAAACUCAACAACACGUCUAUGAACUUAACCAACAAUCUUCCCGGUCUGAAAUUGGUCGUCUUUGACAUCUAUAAUCCUCUAUUGAGCAUGGUCAUGAACCCUGUCGAGAAUGGGUUUUUUGAAUCAAGGAGGGCUUGUUGUGGAACUGGAACAAUGGAAACUUCGUUCCUAUGUAAUGCAAGAUCGGUGGAGGGACAAGUGAAGGUUUAUCCAUGGCGAUUUAGCGCCCAAAAGCUCAAAAAUUCAUUCAUGUCCACCGUUAAUCAUCACUACCUUCUCAAUUUCCCUCAUAUCCCACCUUCAAUUCCUCCGAAUCAUCGUCCCAAACUUCUUUCUUCUCUCUCCCUCUAUCGAAAACCAGAACGCCUCUUUACCCUCUCUGCGUCUCUGUCUCUUUCACCAGCAACCAUCCAUGAGUGUUCUUCUUCCUCAUCUUCUUCUUCUUCUUUAUCGUUCGAGAAGGAAGAAACGGAAGAGAUUGAAUCUAUAGUUGAUGGGUUUUUCUAUCUGCUUCGAUUGUCUGCUCAAUACCACGACGUCGAGGUAACAAAAGCUGUACACGCUUCGUUUCUUAAGCUCAGAGAAGAAAAAACCCGUCUUGGAAAUGCCCUAAUCUCUACAUAUCUCAAACUUGGUUUCCCUCGUGAAGCUUUUCUCGUCUUCGUGUCUCUUUCUUCACCAACGGUGGUUUCUUACACAGCUCUUAUCUCUGGUUUCUCAAGAUUAAACCUUGAAAUUGAGGCUCUUAAGGUUUUCUUCAGGAUGAGAAAAGCAGGUAUUGUCCUUCCGAAUGAGUAUACUUUUGUAGCGAUUUUGACUGCUUGCGUGAGAGUUUCGCGAUUCUCGCUUGGGAUUCAGAUUCAUGGAUUGAUAGUUAAAUCAGGGUUUUUGAAUUCUGUGUUUGUUGGUAAUUCGUUAAUGAGUUUGUAUUCAAAGGAUUCUAGGUCUUCGUGUGAUGAUGUGCUUAAGUUGUUCGAUGAAAUUCCUCACAGAGAUGUGGCUUCUUGGAACACUGUGAUUUCGAGUUUAGUGAAAGAGGGAAAGUCUCAUAAAGCUUUUAAUUUGUUUUAUGAGAUGAACAGAGUCGAAGGACUUGGAGUUGAUUGUUUUACGCUUUCAACGCUUUUGAGCUCUUGCACUGAUUCUAGUGACUUGUUGAGAGGCAGAGAACUCCAUGGUCGUGCAAUUAGGAUCGGGCUGAUGCAGGAAUUGAGUGUGAAUAACGCUCUCAUUGGGUUUUAUUCUAGAUUUGGGGAUAUGAAAAAGGUAGAGAAUUUGUACGAGAUGAUGAUGGUGCAAGAUGCCGUUACUUUCACGGAGAUGAUCACAGCUUACAUGGCAUUUGGAAUGGUGGAUUCUGCUGUUGAGAUGUUCGAGGAUAUAACUGAGAAAAACACUAUUACCUAUAACGCGCUCAUGGCUGGGUUCUGUAGAAACGGCCAUGGCUUGGAGGCACUUAAAUUAUUCACUGAAAUGCUGCAGAGAGGUGUUGAGUUGACGGAUUUCAGUUUAACAAGCGCUGUGGACGCUUGUGGUUUAGUUUCAGAGAAGAAAGUAAGCGAACAGGUACACGGGUUUUGUAUUAAGUUUGGAUGUCUUUUAAACCCUUGUAUCCAGACUGCAUUGCUUGAUAUGUGCACAAGGUGUGAAAGGAUGGCAGAUGCUGAGGAGAUGUUUGACCAAUGGCCUUCUAAUCUCGAUAUCUCGAAGGCAACGACGUCAAUACUCGGUGGUUACGCUCGGAAUGGCUUACCUGAUAAGGCUUUAUCGCUAUUCCAUCGCACUCUCUGCGAAGAGAAGUUGUUUUUAGAUGAAGUUUCGUUGACUCUGAUUCUUGCGGUCUGCGGGACAUUAGGGUUUCGGGAAAUGGGUUAUCAGAUCCAAUGCUAUGCUCUUAAAGCUGGCUACUUUUCUGAUGUAUGCUUGGGGAAUUCUUUGAUUAGCAUGUACUCGAAAUGUUGUGACUCAGAUGAUGCCAUAAAGGUUUUCAACACUAUGCAAGAACAUGAUGUUGUUUCUUGGAACAGCUUGAUUUCUUGCUACAUCCUUCAAAGAAAUGGUGAUGAGGCACUGGCUCUAUGGUCGAGGAUGAAUGAGGAAGAGAUCAAGCCUGACAUGAUCACCCUCACUCUUGUUAUUUCUGCAUUUCGGUAUACAGAGUCAAAUAAGCUUAGUAGCUGCCGUGAUCUGUUUCUCUCCAUGAAGACUAUCUAUGACAUUGAACCAACGACUGAACAUUACACUGCCUUCGUCCGUGUUCUGGGUCAUUGGGGUCUUCUCGAAGAAGCGGAAGACACAAUAAACUCGAUGCCGUUUCAGCCCGAGGUCUCUGUUUUGAGAGCUCUGCUUGAUAGCUGCAGAAUACAUUCAAACACAAGCGUUGCAAAACGAGUAGUAAAGCUUGUACUAUCGACAAAACCUAAAAACCCGUCUGAGUACAUCCUCAAAUCCAACAUCUACUCAGCUUCUGGACUCUGGCAUCGCUCUGAAAUGAUAAGAGAGGAAAUGCGGGAAAGAGGUUACCGGAAACAUCCUUCUAAGAGCUGGAUAAUCCAUGAGAACAAAGUACAUUCCUUUCACGCGCGUGACACAUCCCACCCGCAAGAGAAAGACAUAUACAGCGGAUUGGAGAUACUAAUAAUGGAAUGUCUGAAAGCUGGAUACGAACCAAACACAGAGUUUGUUCUUCAGGAGGUUGAUGAGUUUAUGAAGAAGAGUUUCUUGUUUCACCACAGCGCGAAACUCGCAGUGACUUAUGGCAUUCUCACAAGCAAUACUCGGGGAAAGCCGGUUCGGGUUGUGAAGAACGUGAUGCUCUGUGGUGAUUGUCAUGAGUUCUUCAAGUAUGUUUCAGUUGUGAGAAUUAAGAGAAAGAUGAGAGACGAAGAUGUUGAUGGGAAGUGUAGAAACAUGUCUGCAUGUUCCUUAACGACUUCGUAUUCAACUAAACUCUUUCUCUUCAUGGUUCCUCUUGUUGUCAUUUCUGCUUUCGUCUUUGUAAAUAUUGGUCCUAAAACUCCAACUUCUUUCUUAACCUCUUUGUCCACUACUUCUCAUCUACCUCCUUCUCCGCCUCUUCCUCCGGCUCCGGCGCCGGCCCCAUCUCCUCUGCCACCGGAGAUACUUCCCUCGUUGCCAGCAACAUCUUUAUCGACUAAAGUGGAAUCUAUUCAGGAUGAUUUUAAUCGCACGAUUCAAAUGAAUCUGAUCAACGUUACUACAACGAGUAGUAACGUCACUUCUACGGCAUCAUUGGAACCGAAGAAGAGAAGAGUUCUUAGCAAUUUAGAGAAGAUCGAAUUCGAGCUACAAAAAGCUCGAGCCUCCAUUAAAGCCGCUUCGAUGGAUGAUCCCGUGGACGACCCGGACUAUGUUCCUCUUGGUCCUAUGUAUUGGAACGCGAAGGUCUUUCAUCGGAGUUACUUGGAGAUGGAGAAACAAUUCAAGAUAUAUGUGUACAAAGAAGGCGAGCCACCGUUGUUCCAUGACGGUCCAUGCAAAAGCAUCUACUCUAUGGAAGGAAGUUUCAUCUAUGAGAUGGAAACCGAUACGCGUUUUCGGACCAAUAAUCCUGACAAAGCCCACGCUUUUUAUUUACCCUUCAGUGUCGUCAAGAUGGUAAGAUACGUGUAUGAACGCAACUCCCGCGAUUUCAGCCCCAUCCGAAAUACAGUCAGGGAUUACAUCAAUCUUGUGGGUGAUAAAUACCCAUUUUGGAACCGCAGCAUCGGAGCCGAUCAUUUCAUACUUUCUUGCCACGACUGGGGUCCUGAGGCAAGCUUUUCUCAUCCACAUUUAGGACAUAAUUCGAUUCGAGCUUUAUGUAAUGCCAACACGUCAGAGAGAUUCAAACCAAGAAAAGAUGUGUCAAUACCGGAGAUUAAUCUACGGACGGGAUCAUUAACCGGAUUGGUCGGUGGGCCAUCACCUUCCAGCCGUCCAAUCCUUGCCUUCUUUGCAGGGGGUGUACACGGACCGGUAAGGCCAGUCUUGCUCGAGCAUUGGGAGAACAAAGAUAAUGACAUUAGAGUCCACAAGUAUCUCCCUAGAGGAACGUCUUAUUCUGACAUGAUGCGGAACAGCAAGUUUUGCAUUUGUCCGAGCGGUUAUGAGGUUGCGAGCCCGAGGAUCGUGGAAGCACUUUACUCGGGUUGUGUCCCGGUUCUGAUAAACUCAGGCUACGUUCCUCCGUUCAGCGAUAUAUUGAACUGGAGAUCGUUCUCAGUCAUCGUUUCAGUGGAAGACAUACCGAAUUUGAAGACGAUAUUGACAGCGAUAUCGCCGAGACAGUACCUAAGGAUGUACAGAAGAGUGUUGAAGGUAAGGCGACAUUUUGAGGUGAAUUCUCCGGCUAAGAGGUUUGAUGUGUUUCAUAUGAUUCUUCAUUCGAUUUGGGUAAGGAGAUUGAAUGUGAGGAUCCGUGAGGUCUAAGUUUGGUCGGGUGUGUUUAAUAAAUUUGUCGGAUUUUUGUCUGUUUAGGGUGUGUAAUACAAAUAACUGGAAAGUCCGGGGGAAUGUUCUUGUAAAAAUCAUUAUUGGUGUUUUCAUGUGUCAAAUAUGUUGAGUGUUUUAGACUUUUAGUUCAUUAAUUUUGUAAUAAGCAAAUAAUGAUUAUAUUUGCAU